AUGCAAUCCAUAAGGAUCGGGAAUCGCUUGGCGUCAAAACCGUAUGAGAUCGCGAGAGUGGAAUCCGGCUCGGAGAGUGUUUGCUGUCUUGAUCGGCUGCCGUUGGAUAUUUGGUUUGAGAUAUUCGCUUACCUGAAAGUGCACGACUGCCUGCAAUUACAAUUCAUGUCAAGGCGUUUGAGGAGCAUCAUACAAAGCUCACACUUUUGGACCUUAAAGAUCAAGUCAGAGGAGUGUGAUUUCGUAUUUGAGGUGCGCGAACUGGAACCCGGCAAGUCCUUUAACUCAAGAUGGCUGUAUCGCGCUAUAUACAUUCAGCGUGCCGCUUCCUUACGCAAUAGAGCCAGGAUCUGGGAACUGGCACGGUGCCUGAAAAGCAUCCUGGACUUGUCUGACCCUGACACAACAACUAUCGUUCACAACCCCAACGACCCUGUCGGCCUGGAUUGGGUGGUACUCGCUUGGGCUAUCAAGGCUAAUGAUUACACCGAUAGAUUGAUCGAGGGCUAUCGAAGCUUGUACACACAGCGUGUGAUUCUCUCUAGUCAUUUGCGUCGAAUAACUGUCUCGCGUAUUGAGAUUGAAGGCACAGAGUACAUCACAGGCUUGGGGCUUUCCUUUGACGAUGGGACCAGCACACAACUCGGGUACAGAUCUCGGGACAAUUCUUCAGCCGAUAUAGUAGCCUUUGGGGGCUUCGUUGUCGCAGUGGGGACGAGUCGAAUUCACGGGUUGCAGAUAAUCGACGAAGGAUCCCCCGUCUCAAAAUGGUUCGGUUCGAACGAAAGAUGCCCUCAAACGCGUAGGUUGAAGUUAGACGGGGGGAUUGUCGCAAUCGCCGCUUCUUUCGAUGGCUUCAAACUCGUCUCUCUGGCACUAGGGCGGCCAAUCCGGCGAAAAGGUAAAAGGAAGCUGUCUCUUCUCGAUACUGCCUUAUGGUAUCCGGGUCUCCCGCCGGACAAUCUACACAUGAAAGACGGGCUUUCGGUGGGCCUCCCACCCGCGAGAUCUCGUCACAAUCUCCUCUUCUGGGUCUGGUUCGGUGGCCCAGGAGGGUCGUACCUUCAGUAUUUGACAGGGAUAUCCAUCACGAGAUCGAAAGAAGUUCAUGGCGCAUUUGGAGGGAUCGAAUUCCAUUUCUCCACCGACAACAUCCCCAUCACCUCCAGGAAACUCGGUCGUUGUGAGGACAAGCAGUGGCCGGACUUCGCCAUUGAUGGUGCUGGAGGAGAGCACAUAACAUCCGUCUAUGGGGACUUUGCACGAAUUCCCUAUCAGGCGCCAUCCCUGACGAUAUGCACAAAUCGUGGUCGAAAGUUUGCUAUACUACGCGAGAACCUCGACCUUGCAAAAAUGCAAAAGCUCUUCCCCGGCGAACCCAACUCCAUGCUGACGGGAUUCUAUACUAGCUAUCGAGAUUAUGAUGCUCCACUGCACAGCUUGGGUUGCUUGUGGGAACGGUGCUAA